GUCUUCGUGGGCUGCCGUCCCCCUCGUCUCCCCAGACUGAACGUCUUCCCGGACAAACACACGUGGAUUUCCCACUGACGCCAAGCAGAAACAACAAUAACAUGGCAAGUCAUGGACUUGUCUACGACGGCUGCAACUUCUUCAGACAGCGGCUGGUUUUGUCCACACUCAGCGGGAAGCGUGUCAAAAUCAAGAACGUACGGUCCAGAGAGGAAGACCCGGGCUUACGCGAUUUUGAGGCCAGCUUCAUCAGACUGUUAGACAAAGUGACCAAUGGCUCCAGAAUAGAAAUAAACCAAACAGGCACCGUGUUGUUUUACCAGCCUGGCUUGUUGUACGGAGGCUCAGUGGAACAUGACUGUAGCACGCAGCGCUCCAUUGGCUACUAUCUUGAAGCCUUGCUCAUGCUGGCUCCGUUUAUGAAGACCUCACUGAAGGCCACUCUGAGGGGCGUCACCAAUGACUCAACUGACCCGACUGUUGACCUGCUGAAGACCACAGCACUGCCUCUGAUGAAGAAGUUUGGCAUUGAUGGAGAGGGUAUUGAUCUUAAGGUGGUGAAGAGGGGAAUGGCCCCUGGUGGGGGAGGAGAGGUAGUUUUCACAUGUCCUGUCCGCAGGACCAUCAGGCCCGUGCAGCUGACUGACCCGGGAAAAAUCAAGAGGAUCAGAGGAGUUGCAUAUUCGGUGCGAGUUUCUCCUCAGAUGGCCAACAGAAUAGUGGACUCUGCCAGGGCCGUCCUCAACCAGUUCCUUCCAGACAUCUACAUCUACACAGACCACAUGAAAGGGGCCAACUCGGGCAAGUCUCCAGGUUUUGGCCUGACACUGGUGGCAGAGACACUGAACGGCUCCUUCUUCAGUGCGGAGAUGUCGUCCACACCGCAAGGACAGGGUGACCCUGUGCUGCCAGAGGACCUCGGUCGUAACUGUGCCAAGCUUCUUUUAGAGGAGGUGCAUCGGGGUGGCUGCGUGGAUUCGUCCAAUCAGAGCCUGGCACUGCUCUUGAUGACCCUUGGCCAACAGGACGUUUCCAAGGUUCUGCUCGGUCCUCUCUCCCCGUACACGAUUGAGUUUCUCAGACACAUUAGAGAUUUCUUCCAAAUCAUGUUCAAGAUCGAGGUCCAGAAGCCUUUAGAAGACGAAAGGAAAGGAGGAGACAAGGUCCUCAUGACGUGUGUAGGAGUCGGCUACAGCAACUUGAACAAAACUCUUAAAUAAAAUCUCUAUUUUUUUAUAUAUAUAAACAUUA